AUGAGGGGGUACCCUUGGGGAACAUCCCAAUCGACGGCCAAAAACUUGUUGCACCAUGGCAAUGGAGGGGUAAAUGAGGCACAAGUGGUGUUUUUAGAUGCUUGCUUCUUGAAGGGUGCCUACAAGGGUCAAUUAUUCACCGCGAUUGGGAUGGACCAGAAUGAUGGGUGGUGGCCCAUUGCUUGGGGAGUAGCAGAGGCUGAGGGCUACAUACAGUGGAAGUGGUUCUUGGAGUUGCUUGAUGUUGACCUACAACUGUCAGAAAAUAGCCCGCGCUACGUGUUCAUGUCAGAUCAGCAGAAGGGACUCGGGCUGGUAAUUGCCCAGAAGUACCCACAAAGUGAGCACCGAUUCUGUCUCCAACACAUGUACAAUAACUUCAACAAAAGAUUUCUAGGUGAAAAGUUGCGCAACACAUUGUGGGGGAUCGCUGGUUCCACCACUGUCGAACAGUACGAGAGGCGGAUGGAAGCCCUGAAGGUGAAGAAUGUUGCUGCCUACAAUUACUUGGUUGCCGCUGCGCCAAAGGAGAAAUGGGUGACUGCAUUUUUCUCUGAGCAUGCUCGUUGUGACUCGUUACUGAACAAUAUGUGUGAAACAUUCAACUCGAAGAUCGUUGAGGCUCGCGAGAUGGCUAUCAUCACCAUGUUGGAGGAGCUUCGGACUAAGCAAAUGCAGAGGAUUCAAUACAGGGGGAAGUGGAUUCAAACCUACGAUUACCCAGUUCCUCCCGUGAUUAAGGAGUAUAUCGAGAAGGAAUCAAAGCAUGCUGGUUCUUGGUGGGCAAUUUUCAAUGGUGAUGAUUCUUACCAAGUCAGUGGACCCGGUGGGCAGUUUGUGGUCAACUUGAGGCACAAAUCAUGCACAUGCAGGCGGUGGCAGAUACGAGGUAUUCCAUGCGUACACGCCGUUUCGUGCAUUCUCAAAAUUGACCGAGAAAUCACGGACUAUGUAUCUCCGUACUACAAGACAGAUUCCAUGGUACUUUUGUACCGGAAUGUACUUUACCCCAUUAAUGGGGUUGACAAUUGGCCAAAGUCAUCGGAGGUCGGGUUUGACCUUGAACCACCACGCAGUAAACGACAACGUGGGAGGCCUAAGAAGAACAGAUCAGAAAAGACAAUGAUAAUGGUUCGAGCUGACGGCGUGGAAUGUCUCCAGCGACAGAUGUCGGCCAAGUGUAGGCGGUGCGGAGUUAUUGGGCAUAACAGGCGAACUUGUUCGAAUGAUCCCAUGAAUACAUCAACUAGUUCGUCGAAUCAUAACCAGAACGAAUGUCAAUCUCAAGCUCAUCCAGUUGCUGCGCAAGGUGAAUCAUCAAGCCACAGGCAAGGGCAACAGGUGCCGGAGGUACCUCCAGAGUUCGAUCCACCAUACAUAGGGGCUAAUUUUGUAGUUCACAAUGAUGGGGCGAUUGAAGAGAAAUUCAUGGAGUUUGGAUUUCCAAAAUGCUGCUCGUUUGCUCAUCCUGAUCCGUUUGAAUAA